AUCUAAAUAAAAUUUUGGUGGGAGGAAAAAAAAGGAGAGGGAAAAUUAAAAAAAAAAAAGAGAAGCAAAGCGCAAUCGCCGUAGACGCCGCCAAGGCAAAAAGCCACGUAAGAACGGGAAGAACAACACAUUAGCCAAAGCCAUUGAGGAACUCCGAAGCAAGAGGUUUGGACGACACAGCUGGAGACAGGCUGUCACCAACAAAGUCCCACUCACCUAUUCCCCAAAACUACGUUCUUCCUUUAUUUCUCCUUCUUCAUUCCCCUCUUUCAUUUUUCUCUCUCCGAAUCUUCAUUUCUACUUUCGCCACCAGUUUUUAGGGUUUCUUGAUCCUUUUCUUUGAUUCUCCGUUUCGUCUUCCUACCUCGACGGAUCAAGAUUCCUCUCUUUUUAAUGACAGAGGGAAGUUUAAGGAAACAAAUCUAUAUGUUUUGCAACUUCUGUUAAUUCUUUAAAGGUUAGAGGAAAUCAUGCUUAUUUCUACAAUGGUAAUUGCAGGAAAAAGCUUUUCCCUUUGCUAUCAGGUUUUUGGACAAAAUCAUUAAGUUUGAGCUAAACCUUCAAGUUAUUGGCUGAAACAGCAGCCUUAAUUUGAAACUUGUAAGUUCUGAAUCAGUUGGUGCUUGACAUACAUGGAUCUUGUAGACGGGCAAGAAGAUACCUGAGUUUGUUUGAUAAUGCAGCUUAAUCAUCUUCUCCCAUAGUUAAUCUUAGCACUGUCCAGUAAUAAUUCAGUAAUAGCUUGUGGAUAUAAUUCUCAGAAGGCUGCUUGUACACAUUCAGAGGAUCCUUUGUAUCCAUGCUGGCAGAGAGUAUGCGUGGAAUCUGUGUUUUGGGUAAUGCCCCAGACGAGUUAUUCUGCCGAAGCAUUCGGUGUGUUGACAAUUUGUCUAGUUGCUCUGUUGGUUCUUCUUGGUUUGGUGUGCAUUGCAUACUUGUUUUACUUGCGUUCACAUGUUCUUAGACAAGGAUUUAUUCAGCUUAGUUAUUUCAAUGGGCCUUGGAUCAUCCGAAUCACGUUUAUUUUGUUCACCAUCUGGUGGGGUUUUGGUGAAAUUAUACGGUUAAAUUUUCUAAGACGGCAAGGAAGAGUGUUGAAUGCACUCAAUUUGAAAUGGCAAGAAAACAUCUGCAAAUGUUACAUUGUGUCGAGUUUAGGUUUUGCAGAACCUUGCAUGUUCCUCACUCUCGUUUUUCUUCUUCGUGCUCCAUUACAGAAUAUAAACACAGGCAUUCUAAGCAGAAAAUGGAAUGGGAAAACAGCACGCUAUGUUAUUCUCUACUGCCUCCCUGUGUUUGUUCUUCAACUUAUUCUAAUUUUGAUUGCACCAAAGUUACACAAGGAUAGGAGAGAUUUACCGUCGUAUUUCACAAGAUCAGCUGCUCCAGUGAGGCAGAAUUCUGAUGACAUUGCUCUUUGCACUUACCCUUUACUGAAUACUAUUCUUCUAGGGCUUUUUGCCACCAUCUUGACUGCCUACUUGUUUUGGCUUGGGAGACAGAUUUUGGAAUUGGUUAUCAAUAAGGGUUUGCUGAAGAGAGUUUACACAUUAAUUUUCUCGGUUUUGAGUUUACUUCAAUUAAGGGUUGCUUUACUUGGUUUAUCUGUUUUAUCUAAACCAGAAGAAUUUCUGUUUGAAGCGCUUGCCUUCUCUGCUUUUAUUGUCCAACUAUGUUGUGCUGGGGUCUGCAUUUGCAUACUUGCAUAUUACCCGGUUAAGGAUUGUCUUGCCCUGGGGAAUCUUCACAACUUGGAGGCUACUAGGAGAAGGGGUUUUCUUGAUGGUCAAAAUGAUACGGUUUCUCUUAUCGCUGAUCCGAGCCGUCUUGAAGGAAGUGUCGAUGCCUCCUCUGUGCGUGGAUCAAUUUCUUUUCGGAUGUAUGAAAAUGAUGGAACCUCGACACCGACAUUCGUGGAGCUGAGCUGCAUCUCUAGCUGAGAAUGUAACCCCACCUCGGACUACUGGGAGCAACCUUCAACACAUGCUCGUGGACGACAAGAAAGUAAGCAAAGAAGAAACUGAGUAGUUGUGAUGAAUAUCAAUUUUGUGGUUAAGAAAUCUGAUUGUAAAGGGUUUAGCUUCAAUAAGGAUUCUUAAUUCUUGGUUUGUUUUUCUAAUUUUAGAUAUGAUGGUUUUUGCUCGAUGCAAUCUAUAAUCCGAUUCCCCUUUUCUGUAACGUUUCUUAUAGCCAUAUUUUUAAAAUAAAAAAAAAGUCUGCAUCCAUAGUGUUUAAA